AUGAAUCUUUACCUCCACAACUUUCUUCAAGACACUUCUGAUGGAAAAAUCCAUUAUCCAUUGAAGAUCAUCGUAGAAGAAAAGGAAGAAGUAGAAGUUGAGUAUGAUGAAUCAUUAAUGUUAAGUCUUGCUCGUAAAAUUGAUUAUAUGGGCUUAGAAUCUGCUUGCAAAGACCUUGGAAUUCCUUGCCCAGUUCCAGCUGAUAUAGAAAAUCCAACACCAGAAGAAUUACAAGCUUUACAAAAAGUAUUAUUAGGUAUCCAUAUUAAAAGCGGAAAUUUAGUUUCAGAUAAUGGUAAAAAGUUCCUCAUUGUAGAAGGAAUUCCAGAUAUGGCAACUCCAGAUGAUGAUGAGGAAGAAGAUCAGCAAAAUGCAGAGGAGUAA